CUAGAAUAUCGUGCAAGGCUACUUCUGCUGUACGAGCAACAUUCGAUGUGUGUUUGACGUGUUGUUUUUUUAUGACAGUGGUGUGUUGAGACAUGCACAAGGACCACUCUGUCUCAGAUUAUGUGGUUGUCACUCCGCCCAUAGACGACUGUGUCUAUACGAGCUGUUACUGCGAGGAGAAUGUGUGGAAACUUUGUGAACACAUCCGAACACAGAGUCAGACUCCGCUGCAAGAGGUGUACUCUGUGUUCAUCUCCAACGACAGAAAAAUGGUCCCUCUCUGGAAGCAGAAGUCCAGCAAAGAAGACGAGCCUGUUGUCUGGGACUACCAUGUGAUCCUGGUGCACCACAGCCAGAGGAGCAGCUAUGUCUACGAUCUGGACUCCACCCUGCCCUUCCCCUGCCCUCUGCCCCUCUACAGCCAGCACGCCUUCCAGUCAGACCUUGGCCUCAAGCCAGCCUUCUGGAGGAAGUUGAGGGUGGUGCCUGCGGAAGCCUAUCUGAGGAACUUGGCGUCUGAUAGGUCGCACAUGAGGGAUGCCGACGGGUCUUGGCGAAUGCCUCCACCCCCCUACCCCUGCAUUGCAACACCAGAGGCUCAGAUGAACCUGGAUGACUUCAUCAGCAUGGACCCUGCUGUGGGCCAGGGCCGGGUCUUCUCCUUGGCAGAGUUCAAUCAGCACUUUACCAGAACCAGCUGACCUUCACCAGAACCCCAUGACCAGAACCAGACCGAAUGACCUCCAACCAGUCCAUCACUAGAAGGGAUGAAACCUUGACUCAUCCCGGAUUAAGACUGGGUCUGGGAACAGACUGGGGUGCACUUGAUUUGGUUGACCUCACAGCACAAUGACUUCCCCACACUGAAUGGUCGUCUCCAGUUGUACAAAAAUGAAAUGAACCAAAUUCACCAGAAAUACUUUGAUGGGAUCCAGUGCGAAACAAAUGACACCCAGUUGUUCAUUAAUGUACACAUCUGAUAGAAUAUGAACUAAAGGGGGAUGGGCCUAGUUCAGUGGUAGAACAUUUAAUUACAGAUCUGCACCCUCGAGAACCUGCAAGCCACUUUGGAUAAGCUAUAAUUACAUUAAAUCAAACAUUGAGCUAUUGUACAUUAACACGUCAGCUUUGUCCAGAAAAACACACCCCAGAGUCUACUGACCAGCACAACAAACAAAGCACAGAAACAACGUUCCCUUUCAGGUUUUUAUUGAGUGUAACUCAUGGAAGGAGGAGGGGACUGAAGGGGAGAAAUACAAAUAAAAAUGUUCUCAUGUAUGACAAAAAUA